UGGCAGUUGCUGAGCUAUUAAUAGUCGAGCAUUGUGUGUUACGGAGACCAUUAGACGCUCUCUGGCAGUCGCUGACAGAAUAGUCUUUGCGCGUCGCCUUAGCAGCUAGGAACGAGGCAUUGUUAGCUCUGGCGCUGGGCAAUGUGUGAGCCAUGAGCCGGCCUAGCUAUCUGCAGGAGCAGCUGCUCUAUCAACAGCAACAGCUACGCCAGCGUCCGGCUAAUAUUAACCGCCUACGUCAGCAGGCGCUACCCGUACACGGACGCAGCUACUCGCUAGAAGAGCACCAGACGGCUGCUGCUGCCCAUUAUGUACCCGUGUACUCCAAGUUCGUCUAUCCAGCCCCACCGCUAGAGCACCUAGAGUUGCAGCGUCAGCUCGGCGGCCUCCAUGAUUCAGUCAACUCUUUGGGUAGCGACUUCACAGACUACGACAAUGAUGACUCCUACAUUGUGGAACAGCGAAUGGCACAAGACUCAGCUGCGCCCGUUCCAGGCUCCAACGUAGUGCAGAACCUGAAUGCCUUGGGUCGCUUUCUCGAGCUUCUACAGCGCUGGCCACUGCCGCGUUUGUCUUUCAACACGGCCUGCAUUUGCUCGCUCAUCAUUAUAUUUAUAGCGCCGCGCACUUGUGCCCAGAGCUUACUAUUUCCCACUUUCAGAUUGUUCUUCGGCACUCUAUAUCCGGCCUAUGCCUCCUACAAGGCGGUGCGCACAAAGAAUGUUAAAGAAUAUGUCAAAUGGAUGAUGUACUGGAUUGUCUUUGCAUUUUUCACAUGCAUUGAGACCUUCACGGACAUAUUCCUAUCGUGGUUCCCCUUCUACUAUGAGGUCAAGGUGGUGAUUGUCUUGUGGCUGCUGUCGCCAGCCACAAAGGGCAGUUCCACGUUGUAUCGAAAAUUCGUGCAUCCCAUGCUGACACGCCGUGAACAGGAAAUCGACGAGUAUUUGAAUCAGGCUCGCGAGCGCGGCUAUUCAGCGGUUUUACAGCUGGGAUCAAAGGGUGUUAACUAUGCCACGAAUGUCAUCAUGCAGACUGCCAUAAAGGGCGGCGGCAAUCUGGUACAGACCAUCAAGCGUAGCUACAGCCUCAGCGAUCUCAGUGAGCCGGAUGUCCAUCGGACCCAGGACGAGCUGGACGAUGUCUUGAUGACAUCGGCGUCAUCGGUAAUGAUGCGUCCUCAGCCUGCGCGGCUCCUACGGCAGCGCCACCAGACGCCAGUGGGCCGCUCCGCAAGUGGCACGCGCCACUCGACGGGCAUGUACUUCACCGAGGUGGACGUGAGCGCCGGCUCCGCGGCGGCGGGCAAGCAUGCUGGUGAUUUCAACUACAAUAUACGCAGCACGGAUGACAUCAGCUCGGGCUACUCCAGUGCCGAGCCGGUUAGCGCUCCACUCGUCGCCGGGCUGAGUCGCACCUCAUCCAUGACAAAUGCUUCCAAGGCGCGUGUGAAGUCCAAACGCAACGAGGACAAGUCCAUGUCCGCUAGUUGUACUACUUUGCCCCGUAGCAGCAGCCGCAAGGCGGAUAAAUCUCAGUCAACAAAUGCUUCAAGCCAAGCCAAAGCGCGCAAGUCGGAGAAGUGAGGCGCGAUCUACCAAACCUAAAAUAAAUAUAUACAUACAUAUAUAAAUAUAGAAAUAUAUAUAUAUAUAUAAUAUUUCUCUUAAUUCCUUAAUGCAAUGUGUUUUAAAAAGUUGCUCGGUGCUCAAAUUUAGCCGAUAUAGAAGGUCGACAGCAAAGGAUAAGCAUAAUGGAAAAGAAUGAUACUAAAGUAAACCUCAUCAUUAGAUUGAAAUUGUAACUGAAUAAUGAUCGAGCAGGUGAUUGACAUUAUUAUAAAGAUAUUAUGAUAUAAUUCCUUACCUUUACCCAUUGCUCCUUGGCAAGCUUAACUAGCCGAUGUAUAUGUAUAUUCAUUUACAUACAUGUGCGAUUGCCCUACGUGUCCUACAGCCAGCUCCUGUCACUACAAAUUAGUGGGGAAAAUAAUAUCAUCUAUCUUUCUAGUUUUCAAUGCAUUGUAACUGAUAAUUAAAUAAACUCAACUAUACAUAUGAAAAUUAAA